CAACAUUUCGUUCACUCGCUGUGUUGGUCGGGUCCUUCGAUUCGAAAGAUAGAAAUGGAAACUCACGCUCCCUAAAUUCCUGCAUACACCUCACCUCCUCCUCCCGCCAAUUCCCACCCCAAAAAACCAAACCCUCUCUCUCUCUCUCUCUCUCUCUCUCUCUCUCUCUCUCUUCAAACUCAAAACACUCUAUUUCUUUCUCUCUCUCAAGUCUCAACGAACACUUCCAAUUUCCACUCUUUCACUUCAACAAAACCCUAAUUAACCAGAAACGCCAUGCCAUCCCUAGCCUACCCAGGCAAAAUCCAGCGCUUAGAGCUCGAGAAUUUCAAGUCCUACAAGGGCUUCCAAACCAUCGGUCCUUUCUACGAUUUCACCGCCAUUAUCGGCCCCAAUGGCUCCGGCAAAUCCAACCUCAUGGACGCCAUAAGCUUCGUCCUCGGCGUUCGCUCCGGCCAACUCCGUGGCGCUCAACUCAAAGACCUCAUCUACGCCUUUGACGACAAGGAGAAGGAGCAGAAAGGCCGCCGUGCCUUCGUUCGCUUAGUCUACCAACUCGCUAACUCCUCCGAGCUCCAGUUCACUCGCACCAUCACCAGCUCCGGCGGUAGUGAGUACCGAAUCGACGGCACCACCGUCACCUGGGACGUCUACAAUGCCAAGCUUCGGGAUCUUGGAAUUCUAGUCAAGGCCCGGAAUUUCCUCGUCUUUCAGGGUGAUGUGGAGUCCAUUGCGUCCAAAAAUCCCAAAGAACUUACUGCACUUAUUGAGCAGAUAUCUGGGUCUGAUGAACUCAAGAGAGAGUAUGAGAAAUGUGAAGAAGAAAAAGCUGGAGCUGAAGAACAAUCAGCACUUGCUUAUCAGAAGAAAAGAACAAUAGUGAUGGAGAGGAAGCAAAAGAAAGAACAAAAAGAAGAAGCAGAGAAACAUCUACGCUUGCAAGAGCAAUUGAAAUCUUUGAAGAAAGAGCACUUCUUAUGGCAAUUAUUCAACAUAGAAAAUGACAUUGCAAAGACGACCACGGAGCUUGAAGCUGAAAUGAAAAGCCGUGAAGAUGUUAUAAAAGAUCUAGAGAAGUUUGAACGUGAAGCAGGUAAAAAGAAGAAAGAACAAUCCAAAUAUUCUAAAGAGAUUACACACUUGGAAAAGAAGAUUGCUGAAAGAAGUAAUAAACUUGACAAGAAUCAACCCGAGCUUCUAAAGUUGAAGGAGGAAAUGUCCCGCAUAAAUUCAAAAACCAAGAAACUCCAGAAGGAGCUUGAUAGAAAAAGAGAAGAAAAAAGGAAACAUGUUCGUGAUAUAGAAGAACUGAAGAAUGGCAUACAGGAACUUACUGCAAAACUAGAAGAUUUACAAGUAAAAGGUUGUGAUGGUGGGGAAAAACUUAAGUUAGAUGACAAUGAAUUAAGGGAAUAUUUCCGAAUUAAGGAAGAUGCCGGGACGAAAACUGGAAGGCUAAGAGAUGAGAAAGAAGUUAUGGAUAGACAACAGCAUGCUGAUAUUGAAGCUCAAAAGAAUCUGGAAGAAAAUCUUCAACAGCUACAAAAUCGAGAACGUGAACUGGAUUCGCAGCAUGAACAGAUGCGAACAAGACUGAAAAGAAUUUCUGAUACAUCUGCAAAACAUAAGGCUGAACUUGAAGAUCUGAAGAAUCAACUGCGUGCAAUGCAAGAGAAGCAUCGAACUGACAGAUCUAGAUAUGAAAAUUUGAGGAAGCUACUUAAUGAAACAGAAGACCAGCUACGUGAUAUAAGGGCUGAUAGAUAUGAAAAUGAGAGGGAUGCCCGGUUGUCUCAAGCAGUUGAGACUCUCAAACGCCUGUUUCAAGGAGUCCAUGGUCGCAUGACAGAUCUUUGUAGGCCAACACAGAAAAAAUAUAAUCUUGCUGUUACUGUUGCUAUGGGUAGAUUUAUGGAUGCAGUAGUAGUUGAGGAUGAAAAUACGGGAAAAGAAUGCAUUAAGUAUUUGAAAGAACAAAGGCUUCCUCCUCAGACAUUUAUACCUCUUCAGUCAAUUCGUGUGAAGCCAAUCAUUGAGAGAUUGCGGGCCUUAGGUGGUACUGCAAAGCUGGUCUUUGAUGUAAUCCAGUUUGAUCCUGUCUUGGAGAAGGCAAUUCUUUUUGCUGUUGGAAAUACUCUUGUUUGUGAUGAACUUUCUGAGGCUAAGGUACUAAGCUGGACUGGUGAGAGGUUUAAAGUUGUAACUGUUGAUGGAAUUCUGCUCACAAAAUCUGGCACCAUGACUGGUGGUACAAGUGGUGGAAUGGAAGCAAGGUCAAAACAAUGGGAUGAUAAAAAGAUUGAAGAAUGGCAGAAAAGGAAGGAACGGUUGGAGUUGGAGUUGGAAGAGCUUGGAUCAAUUAGAGAGAUGCAGGUAAAAGAGUCAGAAGCAUCUGGGAAAAUUAGUGGACUCGAAAAGAAGAUUCAGUAUGCGGAAAUUGAGAAGCGAAGCAUUGAGGACAAACUUGAAAAUUUGCGGCAGGAGAAGAAAAAUAUUGAACAAGAAAUCAAUCGCAUAAGCCCUGAACUGCAGAAAUUAAAUAGUGAUGUUGACAGAAGGAGAAUUGAAAUUACUAGGCGGGAGAAGAAGAUCAAUGAAAUUGUUGAUCGUAUCUACAAAGAAUUUAGUAAAUCUGUUGGGGUGGCAAACAUACGUGAAUAUGAAGAAAACCAACUAAAGGCCGCGCAAGAUAUGGCUGAAGAAAGGCUUAGCUUGAGUAGCCAGCUGUCGAAGUUGAAAUACCAGUUGGAGUAUGAGCAAAACCGGGACAUGGAAUCACGAAUUAAGGAGCUAGAAUCUUCUAUUAGUGCUUUAAAAACUGAUUUAGUACAGAUUAAGGUUGGAGAGGAUAAAGCCAAGUCAACUGCAGAGGAAGCUAAUGCUGAGAUAAUCCGAUAUAAGGGAGAAGUAAAAGAUUGGAAAACCAAGUUGGAGGAGUGCGAGAAGGAGAUGCAAGAAUGGAAAAAUCAGACUUCUAAAGCUACAACAAGCAUUUCCAAAAUUAACCGUCAGAUAUCUUCUAAAGAGACACAAAUAGAACAGCUGAAGUCACGGAUGCAGGAAAUAGUAGAUAUGUGUGAAUUAGAACAUAUAAGCCUUCCCAGAUCGGACCCAAUGGAGACAGAGUCCUCAACAGCAGGCCCAGUUUUUGAUUUUAGUCAGCUAAAUAGAUCUCUUCUGCAGGACAGGAGACCUGCUGAACGAGAGAAGCUUGAAGCAGACUUCAAGCAAAAAAUGGAUGCCCUAAUAUCAGAAAUUGAAAGAACUGCUCCAAAUUUGAGGGCUCUAGACCAGUAUGAGGCUCUGAAAGAAAAGGAAAGAGCUGUAAUUGAAGAGUUUGAAGCAGCCCGAAAAGAAGAGAAGGACAAAACUGAUAAGUUCAACUCUGUUAAGGAGGAGAGAAUUAGGAGCAAAAUUCUCAACUUCUGCCAACAAACAAUCCCUUUGCUGCUGCCCAAUUCUUUUUUCUUCCUGAAGUUCUGUGAUUUUCUUCCCAAAGUGCUGCUUGAGUGCUUGACUGUCAAUGCCACCAAAAGGUACAGAUUGUUUAUGGAUGCUUUCAACCACAUUUCUAACAAUAUUGAUAAGAUUUACAAACAAUUGACAAAGAGCAACACACACCCUUUGGGUGGGACAGCGUAUUUAAACUUAGAAAAUGAAGAUGAUCCAUUUUUACAUGGCAUCAAGUACACUGCUAUGCCCCCAACAAAGCGCUUCCGUGAUAUGGAACAGCUGUCUGGUGGGGAGAAGACUGUCGCAGCACUUGCAUUGCUCUUUUCCAUCCACAGUUAUAGGCCUUCACCAUUUUUCAUAUUGGACGAAGUUGAUGCUGCAUUGGAUAACUUAAAUGUGGCUAAGGUUGCUGGAUUCAUUCGUUCAAAAUCAUGCGAAGGGGCCAGGGGUAAUCAAGAUGCUGAUGGAGGCAAUGGAUUUCAAAGUAUUGUGAUAUCAUUGAAAGAUAGCUUUUAUGACAAGGCUGAGGCUUUGGUUGGGGUUUUCAGGGAUGCCGAGAGAAGCUGCUCAAGAACCUUGACAUUUGACUUGACAAAGUACCGCGAAUCAUGAAAGCACUUGGAGCUGCAGCUGGUGAAUUGCUUGUUCUGUAAAUAUCUUGGUUACAUUUAUUCCUAAAAUUACUGUAAAUAUGACUAAUUUGCAUUGCAGUUGGUGUUCUGUUCUUAUUAGGCAUCUAAAGAUCACUGGUUUAUCUGAUUUUAUUGAUGUCUGUCCAGCAAUGUGUGUGGUAAUGUCACCAGCCAAUCAAAUUGCUCUUAUUUUGAAACAUAUUGGAUAAUCUCUAGUCGCAAGCUUUCAUGCAUUUUAUC